AACAUCAUAAAGAAGGUGAGCGGUCAGAAGUUCGUCUAUAGGUUCGUCGGUCAGCCCGACCCAUCUCAGCCGGAGGGGCUACGCACCGGAGACGAGGGCCAGAGGAGGGACGCCGCCGACCCCAACGGCCAAUCAAAAGGGCCCGGGGGCGGGGCUUCUGCAUGUCAGUCAAAGAGCUUACCCCAGCGCUCGUCGCCCAGCGGCGCCCAGAAGAGCUCCCGCAACGACUACAUGAAGUCCGGCCUCUACUCCACCUUCACCAUCCAAUCACUGCAGGCCUCGCCCACCCCACGGCCAAUCAAAACGGAGCUGCUGAUACAACAGGACGCCGCCCUGUUGGUCGAUCACACACCCAGAGAGGUCUGUGUAUUAUCAGACUCGAGCUCCUCUCCGUCAGUAGGUGGCGCUGUUGACUCGGCUCUCCAGGUGAUCGUCACCCAGCCGUCUCCCUGUCCAACUCCGGCUCUCAGCCCUCAGACACCGGUCAGCGCCGCCGGCCAAUCACAGACUGCUGCUCCUCCUCUGAGCGACCCCCCCCAGAUUUAUCUCACCACGGUGGGGACCCGUCCUCCCUCACCCCCUGAUCCCCCUGGGUCCCGUUGGGGCUCCAUGAGCCCUGUGCCCCCCCACCCACGUGUCGAUGCAGACGGAGGACUACGGGGGAGUCCCGAACCCGGCCGGCUCCCCCCUCACCCCCACGCUGCUCCCCCCGACUCACCCGCCGCCCGUCUUCGUCAUCAUCAACCCGCCGCCUGCGCAUCAGCAGCCGGUCGCCAUGGCGACCUGCCGUCCUCCCCCUCCCCCCAUCGUCAUAAAGGAGGAGAGCCUGCCGUCGGAGGAGGAGCUGCUGAAGAUGGUGUCUCUGGAGGAGAAACGGGUGGAGGAG